UCGAGGCCGACCCUCGGCAGGGCCUCGCGUGGGUGCACUUCAAGGUGCGCUGCAUCUUCCAGCUGCUCGGCGCCGCGCUGCUCCUCUUUCCCGCGCUGCGCGUGCUCGGCCCCGACCCGGCCUUUGCGCUAAACGUCAACGCGGCGCCGAUGCUCGUGCUGGGCGCUUGCGCACUCGCUUCGCCGCUGUACGCGGGUCCCGCGGCGCGCGGCGCCGUGCUCUCCUGGCUAGGCAGACUCGGCACCACGGCGGCGGAGCGCGAGGCGGCCGUCGUCUCGACGCUCUGCGGCCUCGGCAGACAGUCGGACGGGUCGCUGCUGCGCAAGGCUGGCUUGUCCUUUCGCGUCAUCUCGUUCGACCGCCUGAGGUCCGACGACUUCGUCCCGGGCGGCGGAGGCGGGGACGCGGACAAGCGGGCGGAGAAGGCUGCUCUCGGAGACUGCGACGCGUUUGUGUCGCACGCGUGGCUCGACAACGCCGCCGCCAAGUGGCAG